UGUAAUUCCAAAAGUGAAUAAAUUUAACGUUUUCAACUGCCUCUGUCACAGUACCAGCUCAGCAUUUCACAGAUCUUGGAUGUGUUUAUCCUCAAAACACGCUCUAAGAGCCGCACCGAGCCACAGACCGCGGUGGGGCCGGGCAGGGCCGCACCAUGACCGAGACCACCAAGACCCACGUUAUCCUGCUGGCCUGCGGCAGCUUCAACCCCAUCACCAAGGGGCACAUCCAGAUGUUCGAACGAGCCCGGGAUUACCUGCACAAGACUGGACGCUUCAUUGUCAUUGGUGGCAUUGUCUCGCCUGUGCACGACUCCUAUGGGAAAACGGGGCUAGUUUCUAGCCGGCACCGCUUGACCAUGUGCCAGCUGGCUGUGCAGUCCUCCGACUGGAUCAGGGUUGAUCCCUGGGAGUGCUACCAGGACACCUGGCAGACCACCUGCAGUGUGCUGGAGCACCACCGUGACCUGAUGAAGAGAGUGACUGGCUGCAUCCUCUCCAAUGUCAACACACCCUCCAUCACCCCUGUGAUUGGCCAGCCCCAGAAUGAGUCCUCACAAAGCAUCUACCAGAACAACAACAUCUCCAGCAAGCCCACUGCAGCAAAAAUCUUGGGGAAAGUGGGAGAAAGCCUGAGCCGGAUUUGCUGUGUUCGCCCACCCAUGGAGAGCUUCACCUUUGUGGAUGAAAAUGCCAACUUGGGGACAGUGAUGAGAUAUGAGGAGAUUGAGCUUCGUAUCUUGCUGCUUUGUGGCAGCGACCUGCUGGAGUCCUUCUGCAUCCCUGGCCUCUGGAAUGAGGCAGAUAUGGAGGUGAUUGUUGGGGAGUUUGGGAUCGUGGUGGUGCCCCGGGAUGGAGCAGACCCUGAGCAAAUCAUGAACCACUCCUCCAUACUGCGCAAGUACAAAAACAACAUCCUGGUGGUGAAGGACGACUCAAAUCACCCCAUGUCAGUUGUCAGCUCCACCAAAAGCAGACUGGCCCUGCAGCACGGGGACGGACAUGUCGUGGAUUACCUCUGCCAGCCUGUCAUUGACUACAUCCUCAAGAGCCAGCUCUACAUCAAUGCCUCUGGCUAAGUGCCCGAGAUCUUGCAGCGAGACAGCCCUCAUGUCCUGCCUGCCUACAGCUCUCCAUCACUCUUUUCUCUCUCUCAGUCCUUGUCUCCAUCUCUCUCCCCAUCCCAUGGCCUCCUGCCCAUGUCUGCCUCUCACCCCCAGCACCAAUGCUCUGUUGUGCAGCCAUGUCCAGGGAACGGUUUGGUCUCUUUUUCUGGGGUACUGCCCUGCCCUGUAUGCAUGGGUAGGGAGGAAGGGCUGGUCAGGGAGUGACAUGCUCCGUGUGCUCCAGCAUGUCCCUGGGAAAUGGUCCCCUUAGUCCAUCUUCCCAGCAUGCUCAGAGCAGGGGCUGCCUGUUCUGCAUCAUCUUACACAACUUCAGCUCAAUAAAUCUGGGUGGAUUUUUUUUAUUAAGUAGCUUUAGUGUGAGCCCUUUGGGCCUCUCAAUACAGUGACCAACCAAACCCUGGUUGGCAGCAGGCAGUUGCAACACAACCAGCUCGGUGCCCAACAGCAGGGGAACCUCCUCAGGCCAGCCAUGAGAAAACCCAGCUAACAAAAUCCUCCUGUCCCUGAAAAGUCAUGGAGAGGGCGUUUAUGAAGGGGAGAAGAGACCUUGGUAAGCACUGCUGCCAAAGCAUUAUGGGGAGAAUGUCAUGUCUCAACUUCCCUUAGCUGCAAGAACUGAAGCCACUCCCUAGGCAUGUGAAGUUGGUGUGAUGUUCUACUCUUACCCAGUGUCAGAGGCAUCCCACACCACCUAGAAAGGGAUCUGCCAUUUAUGGGGACAAGAAAUUGGAUAGAAGAAGCAGGUGGUGAGCCAAAGCCUCUGGUGAGAGUUUGCCCCAAACCUGGACGUGUCCAUGUCCAUCCUCUACCUUCCAGGUCUCCAUUUCUGCUCCAUCCAUCUUCUCCCACCACUCCCACUCUCUUCCUCUCCUUGAAGAGUUCAUUAAAUGCAUGAUAACCUCCCCCUCCCAAACCAGCCAUGGCUACUUUGCACA